GGCAGCGAAGCACAAGGUUCAGCUGCAGUUAAUUCAAAUCAAGGACGACGUAUACUUGUUAUGCCAGAUAGAAGCGAGAUGAGCGACUCUGAAAACGAACAGAUCCCCGCAUCGGACGAUGAAGGAAUGGUAAACCAGGAAUUGGAGAACUUAGAAAAUGGAAUUUCAUCGCCCACUCCACAGAAAAGUAUGACGGGCAGCCAACAAAGUGUUCAAAGCUCAAAAUCAAAAGGCAGUCGAAACAGCAUCACCGAUAGCUUGGGAAGUGUGCGAAGCCAGUCGUCUGUAAGUCCUAUCCCGCAGUUCUUGAAGGAACGUCUCAAAGUGCUGUUUGUUUAUCCGUUGGAAAAGAAAUACGAAUGUCCUUCGUGCGAUGAAGUUCUCCGAUACCCUGUUUUGCUUGAAGAAUGUGGUCAUCGAGUCUGCUCGCAUUGUUUUGAAACCGAAAUAAAAAGAUCUGACAACAGAAGAUGCCCUGUAGACCGCGGAAAGAUUGACGUUGACUCAGCAACGGUCGACAAAGCAUUCAAUAAGGAAAUUCUUGCUUUGGAGGUGAAGUGCUCCAACCAUGAAUGGGGCUGCAAAUGGGAAGGCGAAUACCAACAAAUACAGGAACAUUUGGAGAACUGUGAAUACGGCGACAUCCUUUGCAUCAACGAUUGUGGGGCAAAAUUCCAGAAGAGAUUCUUGCAAAAACAUCUUGACAAGGAUUGUCCGAAAAAGAUCAUCGCUUGUUCCUACUGCGAUGAUAGACAUUUGAGAGAAGAUAAGAAGGAGCACAUCCAAGAAUGCCCUAAAAUCCCACUGCCUUGUCCGAAUAAAUGCGACAAAACUUUGAGCAUUCCGAGAGAUGAGCUCGACAAGCACAUUGAAGAAAAUUGUCCAAAAACAAAAAUUAACUGUGAUUAUGAAGGCAUUGGCUGCGAACAUCGAUGCAGCCGUGAGAAACUACCCAAACAUUACAAAAGCGAAAUUAUCAAUCACGUGAAACUUAUUUACGGGCUCGCGAUGCUGAACAAGGAACGGCUGGACAAGCACGAUGGAAACCUUGUCGAACACGUGAACAUGAUCAAAGACAUGGACCGCCGCGUGGGAGAUCUCGAGAAGAUCGCGCACAACGCGAUGAUCUGGCGCGUCGAGGACUACGCGCGCAAACUCAAGGAGUCGAAGGCGGGAAAUUUGGAGACGCUCUUCAGUCCGACUUUUACGACAUCCAAACAUGGCUACAGGCUGUGCGCUUCCGUCUGUCUGAACGGGGACGGCAAGGGCAAAGGAACUCACAUGUCAAUCUUCGUCAGUGUUUUGAAAGGCGCCUACGAUGCUCUUUUGAAAUGGCCAUUUGAUUACCGAGUUACAUUCUUUCUCCUUGAUCAAAAUGACGACGCAAGUGAACGUAAACACAUCAAGUUCAGCAUCAAACCCAAUCCAUGCGCGGAGAACGAACCGUUCCUGGGGCGACCAAGGAUGGAAAAGAACGCCAGCUUUGGCGGCGCAAAAUUUGUCCGCCACGAUGACGUCGAUACGCGGAAUUACCUCAAGGAUGACACAAUCUUCAUCAAAGUUGUCGUCGACUGCGAUGGCAUGAGCGAGCCAUGAAGCUUGAUUUGUUCUGAAAAACGUUUUCCAGUAUUUUAUUUGUAGAUAUUUUCGGCUUUUAUGCAGGACAUAGAAGUAUGUAUAUGUUGUUGUUUGUUUCCUUGGUGUAAAAUUCGUAUCUUCCUCAGCCUCUGCAUACCGACUGGAUUCUCAUUCAGUGCAUUGGUACUUUAAAACUUGUGUCUAACGACUGACUAUAGAGAAUCGCUGGGGGACGCAUGGAGCACCCUUCACCCUUGUCCCACAAUUGUACCGGUCUAAGCACCGUCCCCCCUGUAAUUAACAACGCUUUAGCUUAUCCCAGUGUUUAUAGUUUAUUAAAUUUAGUAUGCGGCCUUGCAGCUGUGAUCAUUAUCCGUAAUUGUAGCCUUCCGCCAUUUUGGGUGGCAAACAAACAAUGAAUGCAACCAAAGUAAAUAAAUUAACAUUGGUUUGUUGCGAAUGGUUUAACAAAAAGGAGGAUCUAGCCACCCAAGUUGGUGCGCGACUACUUUUGUGAUACGCGAUACUUUGUAUUUUUUCUUGUCUAUCUUAAAGGAUAAUUCGAAAGCUGGAUUUAACAGGCCUUUGUAGCGCUAUAUCCAAUAAGCGCUUUAAUUGUACCUCCCGUGGUAAAAUAUUCAGGCAUUUAUCUUAGAGAUAUAUUCAAAGACUAUAAACGAUUGAGUAUACUGUAUUUAAAGCAUGCACGAGCAAGUAUAUUGUAAUAUAGAAGUUAUAAUAAAAUU